AUGCAACGUCAUCAACUGCGAGGUGUUCUUCAAGGACGAUCUGUCGGAUUGGGAUGUAGUGCAGAAGCUCGUGAAGGAAGAGCUGCUAUUCUUUGUUUCUCGCGUUUCUCGGCCGUACCCGAUGUGAAGUCAGACUUCAGGAGUCGCGUGGUUGGAAAAUGGUCGAU